CCUUCAAAACAGAAUAAACACAUCCUCACACUUCUCCUCCUCCUCAAAUUCUUUUCUCUCUCUCUCUUUCUCUCAUUACAAGAGCAAUGAACUUCAAUUUCUGCCUCAACGCAACCGCCCUCUCCGCCCUCUUCGCCCUACUCGCCAUCAACAUCACCAGAUUUUCCCUGCCACCGGAGACCACUUUCGAUCAUUGGAAAACGGAAUACGUGCCGAUUCACGGUGCCGUUGGGCCGGAGAGCUUCGCCUUCGACAGUUCUGGCGGCGGACCUUACACCGGCAUCUCCGACGGCCGAAUUAUCAAAUGGCUGCCCCAACAACAAACCUGGAUUGAUUUCGCCGUUACUUCUUCAAACAGAACAGGUUGUGAAGAAAGAGAGAGAAGGGAGGAAAGAGAAGAGAGAUGUGGGAGGCCAUUAGGCCUCAAAUUCAAAGACAGUGGCGAUGGCGAUCAAUUGUACAUUGCUGAUGCAUACAUGGGAUUGCUUCGAGUUGGCUCUAAUGGGGGUUUGGCCGAAAGGCUUGAUUUUCAGACGCGAGAGGAUCAACUUCGUGGGUUUGAUUCAUUAACCUUUGCAAAUGGCUUGGACAUUGAUCAAUUCUCUGGAGUUGUCUAUUUCACUGAUAGCUCUUCUCACUAUCAAAGAAGGAACUUUGCAUCUUCGGUAUUAAGUGGAGACAAUACAGGAAGGCUAAUGAAAUAUGAUCCAAAAACCAAACAACUAUCUCUUCUCUUAGCAAACCUUUCAUUUCCAAAUGGAGUUUCACUGAGCAAAAACGGCGACUUCCUUCUACUCGCCGAGACGACCAAGUGCAGGAUUCUCAAGUACUGGCUAAAGACUGUAAAAGCCGGGAGCUACGACGUAAUCGCUGAGCUCCCUGGCUUCCCAGACAACAUAAAAGCGAGUCGUCGAGGUGGGUUUUGGGUUGGAAUUCACUCGAGAAAACGGGGAUCGUUGAGGUUGAUAUUAUCUCAACCUUGGAUAGGGAAGGUGCUAUUGAAGCUACCUUUGGAUAUAGAUAAAGUGCAUUCAUUUUUAGGAAAAUGGAUAAAGAAUGGUGGGAUUGGAAUGAGAGUUAGUGAAGAAGGUGAAGUAAUGGAGAUUAUUGAAGGCAAAGGAGAUUUGAAAUGGAAGUCUUUUUCUGAAGUGGAAGAAAGAGAGGAUGGUGUUGUUUGGAUUGGCUCUAUUAAUACUCCUUUUGCUGCUAAGAUUAAGAUGUGAACAAAAAAAUAAUUAAACAAUAACGAUUCAUUCCAUCUUUUAAAUUUAACCGUCAAUUUGGGUAUAGUUCAACAAUUACAAGUUAAUUAACUAAGGUAUAUAAGAGUUUCCAACA